AUGUCAACCAACCAAGGCGAGUCCGCAGACCGCCAGCAAUCAGAGGGUAGCAGUGGUUCAGCAAUAACCAAGAAUAGAGCAAAGGUCAGCAGCAGCAGCAGUAGCAGCAACCACAGCAGCAGCAGCAACAGCAAGUCUAGAGCUGUAGUGGCAAAGCCCAUUGAUAUAAUCUGCGGACGUGGCUUUCAUAUAACCAACCACAGGGGCAACCUGGAUUUCCAUCUCAUUGUCAACAGCUAUCGAGACGAGUAUCUCCAGUCGAAACGACCCAACAAGACAAGGAUUACCAAACAAAUCAUUAAAGAAAUCCAUGCUACAGGUGCCAGGUUCAUUAGAAAAGUUUCGUAUGAAAGCGACGUCGAUACCUGGGAAGAAGUAGACUAUGCAACCGCCUAUAAGAAAGUAAGCCAUGCCUUGCGCCUUCGGACGGCCAAUGAGACCAACCGAUCGGAUAGGAGCAACGGAUCCAUGGAGGAGGGAGACACCUCGAACCGUAGAGGUGCUGAUGGUCGUGCUGGUGACUCGGCAUUGGAUCCACAACAGCAACAGCAAAACCAAUCACAAGUGGUACCACCCACUCAUAGGGCACCCACUCAUAGGGCAACACUGCCAGGAGCCAUUCCGUAUGAUCCAUUAUCAUUAUCCAGGCAUCCACUACAUGACCCAUUAUCGUUAUCAGUAUCAAGUCAACUACAUCACGCUCCCAGAGGAAUUCAUGCGUCACAUGCCUCAACCGGUCACCUACCGGCUCUCGGUGGUGUUGGUGCUGCCUCGUAUACAGCAGCGGGAGGUUUUGGUUCUCUUCCUUUGGGUGUUGGUUCUUUGGGUGGUGCUGGUUUGGGUGCUGGUGCUGGUGUUCCACCACCACUUUCUCAAAUCUAUCGUGAAACAUACCUCAACACCUUGCGUGCCCUCCAGCAACAACAAGAUACAGGGAAUAAGUCUGCUGCUGAUACAAAGCACAAAGCAUAA